AUGAUUGUAAGGAAAUGGUUCUCACUUGUCUUUGUGACAGUAGUUACAAGUUUAGAGUUAAAUACCGCUGAUUUUGAAUCAAUUAAAAAUGCAACAUCAACUAUUGCCAAAGGUGUACUUGAUUAUUAUACUGGAGAUGAUUAUGGUAAGCCCGUUGGGCUUUUCACAGAACCAUAUUAUUGGUGGGAAUCUGGGGGAGCAUGGGGCUCUCUAUUAGAUUAUUGGUGGUAUACAGAUGAUGAUCAGUACAAUGAUUUGAUUAAAGAGGCGUUAUUAUCACAAGUGGGUCAAAAAUGGGACUAUGUACCACUAAACCAAUCAACUACUGAAGGUAAUGAUGAUCAAGCUUUCUGGGGUAUGGCUGUCAUGGCUGCUGCUGAAAGAAAUUUUUCCAAUCCACCUGAGGAUGAUCCACAAUGGCUUUAUCUUACACAAGCAGUUUUCAAUACAAUGGCGUAUAGGUGGGAUGAUGAAGAAUGUGCAGGAGGUUUGAGGUGGCAAAUAUUUAAAUGGAAUUCAGGUUAUGAUUAUAAGAAUACCGUUUCUAAUGGCUGCUUUUUCCAUCUCGCUGCAAGAUUAGCAAGAUUUACUUCAAAUAAUUCUUAUGUUGAGUGGGCUGAAAAGACAUGGGAUUGGAUGAAUAGAACACAUUUGAUUGAUGACAGCGGUGAUACAACUGACUAUUACCUCAUAUAUGAUGGGGUUUCAACGAAUGACAACUGCACUGUUGUUCAUUCUUUACAAUGGACGUACAAUGCUGGAUUAAUGCUCAGUGGUGCUGCCUACCUUUAUAAUUAUACGGAAAGCGAAUUAUGGUCAAGUCGGUUGCAUUCAUUAUUACAAGGUGUCAGUAUAUUUUUUAGAGAAGGUGUCAUGUUUGAAGCUGCUUGUCAGUCUAGUCAAAGUUGUAAUAAUGAUCAAAGAUCAUUUAAGGCAUUUUUGUCGAGAUUUUUGGGUUUAACUGCAUUAUUAGCUCCAGAUACAAGAGAUAUCAUUGAUUGGUACCUCAAUAGUUCUGCUCAAGCUGCUGCGCAAUCAUGCUCUGGAGGUGAAGAUGGUGUUACAUGUGGAUUGAAUUGGCAAAGCGAGGGAUGGGAUGGUUAUUAUGGGUUGGGUGAACAAAUGUCCGCUCUUGAAGCAAUACAAAAUGUGAGGUAUCUGGAUAAACCUCCUCCAUACACUCAACAUUCUGGAGCGUCCUCAGAAGGCAAUCCUGCAGCAGGUAAUCAUUUGCUAGAUGAAGAACCUAAGCCCUUGCAUAUUGAGCCUGGGAGUAAAGUAGGUGCGGCUUUUAUAACUGCCUUCAUCUCACUUUCACUUAUUCUUGCUUGUAUAUGGAUUUUACUGUGA